CAUCCUAAAAACAUCAGUGGUCUUCAAAGAUUUCAUUAUCAGUUGUACAAGUGAUUUAUCGGACUAAACAAUUACGUUUAAAUAAACUCUUUAAUUAAUACUUUAUACAGCGGCUGUCAACAAAUAUCUGUUCUAGUAAAUCUCAAUGGUGAAAUAUGGACGCCGUGCAUUCACCUUUCAGAUUUCCACGUUGCGUUUUAAGGACUGAGAUUCUCACACAACACUUGUGAUUCAUCCAGAGGAACGUCACGCGGUUUGAACUGAGGGAAAAGAGAAUUUCGUACCUCGGUUGGUUUCUAAAAGCUAUGUUUAGCCCUGUGAAAUCAUCUUAUUUCAGAGUGAGUCCAUGGAUUGUUAAUCGUGAGCUGGGGAAGACCAAGAUGAGAUAGCAAAAGGUAAAACUGUCUCUUUUCUCUGUAAACGAAACUCAGUUCACUGACGAACCGAAGCGUUCAAAGCGACAAAAAAGCGUUACAGGGCAGCUGUGGCAAUGUUCGGAGAUCUGUUUGAAGAGGACGGAGAUGGAUUCUCCUCCACACCUGGCACAGGUAAUGCUAUGAAGGGGAGAGAGUCUGAGCCUCCAUUGCCCAGAGGGAAAAUCAAACUCUGUGGGAUUAAGAACCAGGGCGGCACCUGCUAUCUGAACUCCCUGUUACAGACACUACUUUUCACACCAGAGUUUAGGGAGGAGCUAUUCUGCCUUGGAACAGAUGAAUUAGGAUGUCUGGCUGACAAGGACAAACCAGAUGCAAAGGUUCGCCUGAUUCCUCUGGAGCUCCAGAGACUGUUUGCUCAUCUACUGCUGGUGGACAACCAGACGGCCUCCACUACAGACCUGACAGACAGUUUUGGCUGGACCAACAAUGAGGAAAUGGGUCAGCAGGAUGUGCAGGAGCUAAACCGGAUCCUGUUUAGUGCUCUAGAAAGCUCUUUAGUGGGCACUACAGGCAGUAGUCUCAUACACCGCCUGUACCAUGGGACGCUGGUCAACCAGAUCACCUGCAAGGAGUGUGGCAAUAUUAGUGAGAGACAGGAGGACUUUCUGGACCUGACGGUGUCUGUGCGGGGUGUGAGUGGAUUAGAAGAAGCAUUGUGGAACAUGUUCGUGGAGGAGGAGUUAUUUGAGGGAAAUAACCUGUACCGCUGCAGCAAGUGUAACCAGCUUGUCAGAGCCGCUAAGUCUGCUAAACUGAAAAAGCUCCCACCUUUCCUGACCAUUUCUCUGUUGAGGUUCAACUUUGACUUUGCCAAGUGUGAGCGCUACAAAGAGACAGGAAGCUAUGUUUUCCCUCUUACAUUCAACCUCCGAGCAUUUUGUGAUCAGAACAAUUGGCCAGACUCUGAGUAUUCUUACGAGCUCUUCUCUGUCAUCAUACACAAAGGAGGUUGUUACGGAGGCCAUUAUCAUGUCUACAUCAAAGACAUCGAUCAACUUGGCCACUGGGAGGCACCGGAGGAAGAGGUAAAAAUGAAGACCCAGAGACAAGAGGUCAAAAUCAGCAAAAUAAAGAAUGAGAGUGGGAAUUCUUUAGAGACAGAGGAUCCACUCUUUAUUCUUACUGCCAUUCUGGCUCAGGAGGAGUCAGAAUCUGUGCUCGUGGACCAGCUAGGCCAAAAGCUGAUGAAUAAAACUGGCACACCAUGGAGUAAAAAAUACAAAAAACAGUAUGGCCCCAUCAGCAAGUUUCUCCAGAACCACCCUGAAGUGUUUAUGCUGGUGUCCAAUGGAACCCGUGUAACUCUGAAGACUGCUGGUCCUGUGACAACAGAGCCCAGUUCAACAGAACCAAUCAGUCCAACCCCAGCCAAUUCCAGUCCAGAGAACAUGGAGCCAGAAACAGGAGACAACUUUGCUGCUGCUGGCGGAUGUCAUUGGUUUGACCUGAAUGACUCCAUUGUGACAGCCAUUACAGAGAAGGACAUAGAGAAACAGUUUCAGGGAAAAGAGAGUGCCUACAUGCUCUUCUACAGGAAGACAACUAUGAAGAGACCUUUAGAAGCCAUAGGAAACCCUGCAUAUAAAGUGCCUCCUCACCUGCUGGAGAUGGUGCAAGAGGAGAAUGCAAGACUGCAGCAGAAAAGAGCCGAGUUUGAUGCCAGCAGUAACAGCAUUGAGGUUCGACUGCAUUUGGCCCCGUAUUACCACUGUCAAAAUGGAGCCCUGCACCCUAUGGCCCUGGACAAAGAUUCAAUCAUCACAGUCACAUUUGACCGCAGAAAGACUGUGGGAGACCUGCGAUUGGCCAUUUACCAGAUGCAGGAUCUUUGGGAAGGAGACAUGGCACUGACGUUGGCUAAGAAUGUCCCAGCUGGGUUACAUUUAUAUGAUACACUGACAAAUGACCAGAUAUCCCUGUACAGUGCAGGAGUGUGUAAUGGCUCUGAUCUCUUUGUGUGGAAUGGAAGAGAGGUUAAUGGUGUUGCUGUACAGACAGGCGCCGAAUGGGAGCCUGUUUUACUGACUGUUUUGCGCCCCUCUGUGGAAGAGCUAGAGUGUGGGGAUGGGUCAGGGGUCGGAGACGCUGAUGGAUCUGGACUGGUGCGUUCCAUGAAGGGAUUUGCUGGUGGGGCCACACUGGGCACAGUGCUUGAGGUUCUAGGGCCUCAAGAGGCCUUUCUAUGCUUGGAACAGAGCCGCCCAGGGCCCAGUGGGGGCGGAUCGAGUGGCUGGAGGGUGUUCCCACCUCAAGACAUGCAGAGGACACUGAGAGAGCUGUCACUAAAGGAUGGGGAUGCUCUGCUGCUGCUGCAGCCAGAGGAACUGGACAGCAGCAUCUUCAGCCUCAGCGGUGACAUAGUUACCGUGACAACACCGUCUGACUGUCGGUGGCUGCACGUGGAGUUUUGCCCACAGAGUGGAAUGGAGGAAGAUAAAUACGAGGAGCAGGAGAAGAAAAGGAGUAAAGUCUCUGCUUCAGGAAACAUGCUGCUUGCAGAGGUGAAGGAGAGAGCUCUGGAGGAACUUCACCUACAGGAUGAGCUAAGUGAUAUUGAAUGUUGUCUAAGACAGAUGGACCGAACUGGAAAACUUUUACCUCCAGUGUAUGAGCAUUUGAGUGUUCGUGAUGCAGGGAUCAGGUUGAUGACUGCACUCUACCUGUGCCCAGGACCAGCUGCAACAGCAACACAGUUGUUCUUGUACUUCAGUGUUGGUCUAGCGCCCUCAGUUGGUCAGGAGCUGCAGAUUAUUGUAGAGGAGUCUCUAACUGUCAAAGAGUGCCUUAAGAAAAUGUUGCAGAUGGCAAGACUUGAAGGUGAGUCGUGGCACUUAAGGAGACUGGACUGGUGUGAGGAGAUUGGAGAGCCCCUUUUUGAUGAGAAUGCAUCUCUGAAAGAGGCAAAGGUCAUCCAUGGAGACACACUGGUGCUCGUUGAGGGGCGACUGCCUCCAAAGGGUUACCUCAAGCUGUCUGUGAAGAUGUACAUGGAUAUGAUUGACAACUCCUGCAUUCCAGAGCUUAACCAGGCAGAAGUGUCUCAGAUCAAUGAGGUGCUGACCACAGAGUGUCCUGGAUCAGAGAUGCGAUUCGUUGGACAUGUGGAGAUAUCAGAGGAGGCAUCACUUGAUGACCUCAAAACUCAGGUGAUGACUCUUCCGGCACUUCAGGAUGUGUGUAUGCCCAGUCCUGCAUUCCUGCGUGUGUGGCUACUAGAAGGAAAGAAGCUUGCCAGCAUACUCCGAGGAAAACUGCAGACACUCAGGAAGCUGAAGCUGGGGAACGGGACAGAGGUGUGUGUUCAGAGGCUGAUGAAAGAGGAGGACCUGGGGCUGAAAGAUUUAUUGCUGAGAAUCCAGAUGGGGGUCCCAGGAGAGAAGGCAUAUUAUCCCGCUGAGGAGUUUUUGUGGGAUGGAGGGCGGGAUGGCACCCCCAGGGGCCUGUAUGCUGCUCUGGCCUCCCAGUAUGGUCUCACUCCUGACAAUUUGCUCCUGGCUAAACACCUGUCUGACAAGCACACCUGGAUGCCCAUUUCCAACUGGACUCAACAGGUCUCAAAAAGGAAAAAGAAGAGGAAAGCUGAGAGUCUGCAAGCAGCUCCUUUCUACCUGAAAGAUGGAGAUAUUAUAGGUGUCAAGAAUCUGCUUAUAGACAAUAAUAAAGAAUUCAGUACUCUGCAAGAUGAGAUUGGACAGCAGAGGCUUAGGGAGGAGGCAGCCAAUCACAAGACAAGGGGGCAUUACGCAAGUGGGGAAAGUGCACAAGACACAGGGCUUAAAACCGGCCCAACUAAAAACCGCAAACCAGAGAUGGCCUUAUCGAUCAAUGUGGGAGUUUUCAGGUAACCCAACCUGUGAACAAACACCUCAAGAGCUGCCCAUUGGUCAGACUGACGGUGAUCUGCAACCGCGUGCCAGUCACUAAGAACAAACCUGUGGUGCAAUGACAAAAUCUGCUCCGCUGGGUCGCAAUGAAGAAGGCAGACUGAAGACAACGUGUAGUUGACAUAGUGCUGAUCUAGAAACAGUUCGCCAUUACGAUCUUAAAAAUACUUUUCUAUGGGCAAUGUGAUGCUGAUUCAAGAUGCUCUCAACAUGAUGAUGCUCAUUGGAGAUGAAAUGCAAAUAUCAUGUUUGUUCAUUCAACCUUCUCAAGCGACAAAGUCGUAUCUUGAAAUGUUCUUUAAUCACCCUUUAUAUGCAAUCAUUUCCUGGAGCAGAUCUCUGAACCCUGUAAAACUAAGAGAUCAGUUUUUUUCUAUGCUAGAGGAUUUCCUUGCCUCACUUAGGUGUGUUUGUGUGCGUGCAUUUAUUUUACAGGGAGGUGUGUAACGGUAUUGGUGUGAAAAGGAGAGUUCACUCAAAAAUGUAUAUUCUGUCAUCUAGUACUCUCAUGCAAAUUGUUCCAAACCUGUAUGACAUUCAUUGUACAACCAUUCACUUUUAUUAUUAGGGAAACAAGAUGCAAUGAAAGCAAAUGGUGACUGAGGCUGUCAUUACUUUGGGUAGAUGACAGAAUUUUCAUUUUUGGGUGAACUAUCCGUUUAGGUUUUACUAUGCCCUUUAGGUUUUUUCAAAAUACAAAAUAAAUUCUCACAUAGAUCUUUAAUUAUGUUUAAUCAAUUAUUUACAAUGUUUAUGUUCUUGAUAGUGGUCUUGAAAUCAGACCAGAGUAAUGUAAGAAAAAUCUUCCAUCUGUUAUUUAGAACCUCUCUUAACUUUUUACAUUGGAUAUGGUACUCCAAACUGCAUCAGCUUGAUUUUGUAAUAACCUUUUGCCACUUUUGGUGGUUUUCAGGUGAGAUGUCUUGGUGGGUACUAGUGUUUCAGUACAUCCUUUUUAUUUGAGGUUAUUAAAAUGUGUUUUAGUUACAAAAAGUGCCAUGUUAAGUCUUUGUCCUGUGCUAACAGCUCACCGAGGAGUCUAUAAACCUAUCUGACUAACCACCUCCCUCCUACCUCUGCCUCCUCACCUUCUCCCACUGCCACCUGCAGGGAAUCAACUGUAUGUGUAAAGAAUGCAAAAAGAAGAAAGAAAUACUGUUCUGAUAACCAAAAACAUUUGUCUCUCUCUGGACUUUUUACUUGGGAAUCUGAUAACGCUAAAAUAACUGUAUAUUCUUGUAUUGUAUAGUUGCACAAACAAAAAGAAAAUACCUGAAUCAGAGACUGGAAAAUCAGGGAUGUAUAUCUGUAUUUUUGUUUCUGUUGUUGCUUUUUCUGUGAGGGGGGAUCAUUUAGAUUUCAGUUGAUUUAAACUGAAAUGGUUUUGAGCACAAAAGAGGACUUUAAGUGUUACCCUUGUAAACGAAGCGCAUGUUUAAUUAAAUAUUUUUUGCCUUUUUUCCAUUAACAAAUGUAUUGUUCUAGGAAAGUAUUUAUAACAUAACAUGUUUGCAAAGCAUUGUUGGUUAUAAAUGCCAAGUUUGGUUAAUUUUAAAACUGAACUGUCCUGU